AUGGUCUCUAUGCUUUGGGAUACAUUGCAUAAUCUUAGAAAUAAAUCAUCAAGAUCAAUUCUAAAAUAUUUAAAUACAUUUCAAGAUGAGAAGAUUGCUCUAGAUAAACUUCAAAGUUCAACAGCAAGUGAAAGUUCUCCUAAAAGCCGAAGAAUAUUCGUAAAUCUUUCUUUAUCAGAAGAUAUGCAAGAUGAAUAUGGAUUACCUAUAAAAUCGUACCCAAGAAAUAAGAUUCGGACCACGAAAUAUACUCCUCUUUCUUUUAUUCCAAAAAACCUUUUUUAUCAAUUUCAUAAUAUUGCUAAUAUUUAUUUUUUUAUUAUCGUUAUUUUGCAAAAUUUUUCUAUAUUUGGUACAAGAAAUCCUGGAUUAUCAGCGGUUCCCCUUAUUGUUAUUAUUUUAGUCACAGCUAUUAAAGAUGGUAUUGAAGAUUGGAGAAGAACUGUACUUGAUAAUGAAUUAAACAAUACUAAAACUCAUAUGUUAUGCAAUUGGCAUAAUACUAAUGUUAUUGAUGAAAAUAUUUCACUGUGGCGUCGACUAAAAAAGGCAACAAGUAAAUUUAUACGUAUAAUUAUUGCAAGAAGAAAAGGCAUUAAAGAAGAUCCUUUAUCACUUGAUUACAUGAGUUCUUAUAGGAUUAGCGCAGAAAGCAGAAGAAGAAGUGUAGAAAGUAGAAGAUUAAGCUGCGAAAAGAAUCCAGAUCUAUAUUCUAUGAUACAAUUACCCUCAUUAGAUUAUAGAUUAUCUAAUGAAUUUAUAAGUUCAAAAAAGAAUAUUGAAAUAGCGUCAAAGCAAGAAUUAGGAACCGUAAUUGAUCAUUAUAAACAAACGCCCGGUAAAGCAUGUUUUAAACAAACAUUUUGGAAAAAUAUAAGAGUUGGGGAUUUUGUUAGACUUCGAGAAGAUGAUUUAAUUCCUGCUGAUAUUUUGAUUCUUGCAACAAGUGAGCCUGACGGUGCAUGCUACGUAGAAACGAAAAAUUUAGAUGGAGAAACAAAUCUAAAAUUACGCCAUGCUUUAAGAUGCGGAUAUGAAAUAAAAAGCGCAGCAGAUUGCGAAAAAGCUACAUUUAUUAUAGAAAGCGAAAAUCCGAAUUCUAAUUUAUAUAAGUACAACGCAGUUAUUCAUUGGACACAGUUCAUUGAUGAAAAUCUUGAUGAGCAAAAAGGGUUUUCAGAACAAGCUUCUAUACAAAAUACCCUUUUUCGUGGAUGCCAGCUUAAAAAUACAAAAUGGGUAAUAGGUAUUGUCAUUUUUACAGGAGAAGAAACGAAAAUCAUGUUAAAUGCGGGUGCUACACCUAGUAAACGAAGUAAAAUUGCCAAAAAUUUAAAUUGCACAAUUAUGAUUAAUUUUAUAAUUCUUUUUUGUAUUUGUUUUAUAUCAGGUGUUAUGUCAGGAAUGUCUUGGAGAAAUAAAGAAACAUCAGCAAAAUUUUUCGAGUUUGGUUCAUUAGGCGGGAAACCAUCAUUAGAUAGUAUUAUUACAUUUGUCACAUGUCUUAUUCUCUUUCAGAAUCUAGUUCCUAUUUCAUUAUAUAUUUCCAUUGAAAUUGUUAAAACCGCACAAGCAUUUUUUAUUUAUUCAGAUAUUGAAAUGUAUUAUGAUAAAAUCGAUUAUCCAUGUACACCAAAAAAUUGGAAUAUUUCUGACGAUCUAGGGCAAAUCGAAUAUAUUUUUUCUGAUAAAACUGGUACACUUACUCAAAACAUUAUGGAAUUUAAGAAGUGUACUAUAAACGGAGUAACUUAUGGAGAAGUAUAUACUGAGGCAAUGGCUGGUAUGCAAAAGCGACAAGGAAUAGAUGUCGAUGAAACUAGUGCAGAAGCAAAAGCAUCUAUUUUUAAAAGCAAAGCUGCUAUGAUAGCCGGUUUACGAAAACUUAAUAAUAAUCCGUAUUUAGAUGAAUCUAAACUAACUUUUAUAUCAAGUGACUUUGUAAAUGAUCUAAGAGGAUUUAAUGGUGAAGCACAAGCAAUAGCUUGUCAUAAUUUUAUGCUUACAUUAGCACUUUGUCAUUCUGUUAUCGCAGAAGUAUCACCAGAGACAAAACUCCGCUUAGGAUAUAAGGCACAAUCACCAGAUGAAGCUACUCUUGUUGCAACAGCUAGAGAUAUGGGUUAUGUUAUGACUGCUCGGCAUAAAACUUCAAUUAAUUUAAAUAUUCACGGAAAAGAAAAAAUAUAUAGAAUUCUUAACAUUCUUGGAUUUAGUUCUCUUAGAAAACGAAUGAGUAUUAUUAUUCGCAUGCCAAAUAAUGAAAUAUAUUUGUUCUGUAAAGGUGCCGAUAGUUCUGUUCUUCCGUUAACAAUAAGUGAUUCUAAACUUAAGGAAAAAACUAAAAAUGAUCUUAAGGAUUUCGCUAAAGAAGGUCUACGUACUCUUGUUAUUACAAGACGAAAAUUGUCUGAAGAUGAAUAUAACUCUUGGAAUAAACAAUAUAUUAUCGCAUCAUCAGCAAUCGAUGACCGUGAAGAAAAAUUAGAUAAAAUAUUUGAAGAAAUAGAAUGCAAUUUAGAACUACUUGGCGGAACAGCUAUUGAAGACAAGUUACAAGAAGGUGUUCCUGAAACUAUUACACUUCUAGCUGAAGGCGGGAUAAAAAUAUGGAUUCUUACAGGUGAUAAAGUAGAAACAGCAGUUAAUAUCGGCUUUUCUUGCAAUCUCCUUUCUAAUGAUAUGAAAAUAUUAACAUUAACGUCCGAUUGUCCUGAAAUAGAAAAAGUCGGUUAUAUUGUUGAAGAAUACUUAAAAAAAUAUUUUAAUCUUAAUGAAAUUAAGGAAGAGAUAGCUUUCAUAAAAAAAGAAUAUAAUCGUCCACCAUUAACAUAUGCUCUUGUAGUAGAUGGUGAUGCUCUAAAAAUGCUUCUGGAAGAUCAUCUCAAAGAUAAAUUUUUAAUGCUUUGUAAACAAUGUAAAGCUGUUUUAUGUUGUAGAGUGAGUCCAUCACAAAAGGCAGCAGUUGUUUCUAUAGUUAAAAAGGGUUUAGAUGCAAUGACCCUAUCUAUUGGAGAUGGUGCUAAUGAUGUUGCUAUGAUCCAAGAAGCCCAUGUUGGUGUUGGGAUUGCAGGAGAAGAAGGACGUCAAGCUGUUAUGUCUGCUGAUUAUGCAAUUGGUCAGUUUAGAUUUCUGAGUAAAUUACUGUUAGUUCAUGGAAGAUGGUCAUAUCGCCGUCUUUGUGAAAUGAUUGCCAAUUUUUUUUACAAAAAUAUUGUAUGGACUUUUUCUUUAUUUUGGUACCAAACUUACAACAAUUUUAACGGAAACCAUUUAUUUGAUUAUACAUAUAUUUUACUUUAUAAUUUAGCAUUCACUUCUUUAGUAAUUAUUUUAAUGGGUGCAUUUGAUCAAGAUGUUGAUGCCAAAACAUCCAUGGAAGUACCACAAUUAUAUAAACGCGGAAUAUUGCAAUUAGAUUGGUCAAUGAAAAGAUUUUGGAUCUACAUCUUAAAUGGCUUUUAUCAAUCAGUUGUAUGCUUUUAUCUUCCUUAUUUUUUAUUUUACAAAGGAACUUUUGUCACCAUAUCAGGCAUUAAUUUAAACGGGAUAGAAGAUAUAGGGGUCUUUAUUGCAGCACCAGUAAUUAUGGUAGUAAACAUAUCUAUUUUGAUGGAUCAACAACAUUGGGAUUGGUUAUUUAUGUUAAUUUGGGGUUUAUCCAUUUUAUUAUUCUGGUUAUGGACAGGAGCAUAUUCUCAAUCUACUAUUACCCUUGAAUUUUAUAAAAUUGCCGCGCAUGUAUUUAGCACACCGAGCUUUUGGAUUGUGUUUUUCUUAACCAUUAUUGUUGCUAUAUUUCCACAAUUAGCUAUAAAAUCAAUUCAAAAAAUAUUUUAUCCAGACGAUAUUGAUAUAAUUAGAGAACAACGACACCAAGGUAUAUUGAAAAUAAAAAAAGAUUCAGUAGAACCUAAAAGACCUUCCAUAAGUUCAAAUCAACAUAUAGAAAUAAAUUCGGAUGUAUAUAAAUUAAAAUCAUAA